UCACAAAUACUAAUUUAUCGAGUGACGACAGCGCUGGUUUCUGGUAUCAGACGUUAGUUAGACAUGCAUGUACUGCUCAGUAGUCUGGAUUAGGAAUGGAACCACUGUGCCAAGCAUUGCUGGUAACAACCUUCCCAUCAAAAUACCUGUUGUCCUGGAGAAAUUUAGAUGUCAGCCCACCAUAAAGGGACCAACCUUUCUUUAAAGUAUGCAGUUUAAUCUGUAGAUUUGAAAUAUUGGAAAGACAGUUCAGACUUCUUCCAGGAUGAAUAUAAGAAGAUUGCUAAGAAAACGUUUUCGGAGCAUCCGCCUCAUGGUUUUAGUGGGUGUUUUCCUUAUUGGUUACCUUGGAUUAAUGAUAACAGUGAAUAAUUCACCAGAGAAAGCAGAUACCCACAACCUAUUAAUACAGGAACAUGGCGGGAGUCAGCAAUAUUUGUCCAGGAAACUACAAUCAACGAACAGUUCCUCUGAUUCUGGUUCGUUAUACCCUCCAGAGAUUUUCUCUGAGGAGCAGUUGGAACACGGGGCAGUCACACUUCAUGUAGUGGGCAUGAUAUACAUGUUUGUUGCCCUUGCUAUUGUCUGUGAUGAAUUUUUUGUACCUUCCUUAGGCAUCAUAACAGAAAGAUUGAAAAUAUCUGAAGAUGUAGCUGGAGCAACUUUUAUGGCAGCAGGCGGAAGUGCUCCAGAAUUGUUCACAAGUUUAAUUGGGGUGUUUCUGUCCAAAAGUAACGUUGGUAUUGGCACUAUAGUGGGAUCUGCUGUUUUCAACAUUCUCUUUGUGAUUGGAAUGUGUGCACUGUUCAGUAAGGAUGUGUUGACACUGACGUGGUGGCCUCUUUUCAGGGACGUCACCUUCUACAGUAUAGAUCUCAUCUUGUUGAUAGUUUUCUUUUUAGAUGGAACAAUUUAUUGGCAUGAAGCACUCAUUCUACUCUGUGGAUAUAUUGCAUAUGUCACUUUCAUGAAAUUUAAUGAACAAAUUGAGAGAUUUGUGAAGUCUAAAUUACGGAAGGGAUCUAACAAAGUAGGAAGUGCCAGUCAUCUACUAAAUGAGAAAACUCCUAGAUCCAUGAGUCUCUCCAUAUUACAUUCUGGAGGCAACCGCUAUAGACAUGGGAUCCUGGAUCUAAUGAUUCAUACAAUAGAUCCCCUGCAGAAUGCUAAAGUUCAUGAAAAUGCUAUGAACUUACAUGCUAUCGCCACCCUAAAAGUAGUCAUUGGGACGACGACGCCCACCCAGAAUGAAGAGACCAGCCCAGUAGCCAACGGAGUGGACAAAGAUAACAACAAAGUACAGGCUAAUGGCCAUGUUGCUGUUGAAAAUGGCAAGCCAGCUGAAAACACCAAUACUGCAGAAACACCUAGCAGCGUGGUUGAUUCCCUACCUGAGGUCACCAUUGCACCUGCCGAAGAAGGACAAACUGCCGAGAAUGGGUUAGUGGAGGAUGAAGAGCCCCUUGACCUAAGCUGGCCAGAUAAUUGGAAGAAACGCAUUAACUACAUCAUUGUAGCUCCAAUAGUAUUCUCCCUGUGGAUUACACUGCCUGAUGUGCGACGAGAGGAGAAGAAGAAGUGGUUCAUGGUUACAUUCUUCGGCAGUAUCUUUUGGAUUGGAGCUUUUUCUUAUAUGAUGGUGUGGUGGGCCAACACCACAGGGGAAACAAUUGGGCUCAGUCCUGCAGUCAUGGGUCUGACCAUCCUAGCAGCUGGUACAAGUAUCCCGGACCUCAUCACCAGUGUCAUUGUGGCCAAGAAAGGCUUUGGAGAUAUGGCUGUAUCCAGUUCUGUUGGCAGCAACAUCUUCGACAUUACCGUUGGGUUGCCAAUACCCUGGUUGUUGUACCAGGCAGUGUAUGUGGGAAAACCUAUAAAUGUGGACAGUAACGGACUCGCAUGCUCAAUAUGUCUGCUGUUUUUAAUGCUGAUGGCAGUGAUUGUGUCAAUAGCAGUGUCAAAGUGGCGGAUGAGUCGAUUGCUUGGUAUCAUCAUGUUGGUGCUUUAUGUGAUUUUCCUGGUACUCAGCGUGUUACUGGAAAUUAACAUUGUGCCAUGUCCCAUCGAAGCUUAACGGAUCUGUAUAUACUCUGUACAUACAUCUUUUCCAAGAUAGAGUUGAUAAGUAAAUUGAUUUCAAUGAUA